AUGGGCUCGGAGAAGCCAAGUUUCCUGUCCCAACCAGUGGUUAAGAAUAUUUUCAUGUUCCGCAAUGGUGACCCGUACUACGAAGCCCGUAGACUUGUGAUUAAUCAGAAGAGAGUGUCCAACUUUGAGACCUUGCUGAGGGAGGUAACAGGAGGCAUCCAGGCGCCGUUUGGAGCGGUGAGGAACAUAUACACCCCACGUGGAGGACACAAAGUCGACUCCCUGGACAACAUCCAGAGUGGGGAGCAGUACGUCGCUGGUGGAAGAGAAAAAUUCAAAAAGUUAGAUUAUCUACAGAUCAGCUCCAGAAAAAGAAGGAUGUUGCAGUCUCUUCCACUGCAGGCCAAACCACUGCCACCAAAUCGGAUUUCUGUGUCUGCAAGGUUCUUGAAACCAAUAAAAGAGCCGUGUCCAAUAUUUGUGGUGGCAAACGGGGACACUCUGAAUCCAGCGAUAAGGCUGCUUAUCCACCAGAGGAUGUUGAGCCAGUUUGAGAGAAUAUUAGAGAUGAUCUCAGAGAAGAUGGGUUUGAGAGUCCUUGGUGGUGCGAGAAGUCUUUACACUUAUGAAGGCCAGCAGGUGACUGAUGGCACACAGCUGGAGAGUGGUCAGCUCUAUGUGGCCGUGGGCAGAGAGAGAUUUAAGAAGCUCUCCUACACUGACCUGCUUUUCAGCAAACCUCGGGGAGCAUGGCGGGUCAAUGGUUUGAAAAUGGGCCAACUGCCGCCACUCUACAGAUCACCAAAGCAAAAUGGAAAUAGAAAGUCAGUGGUCCGGAGCACUGACAGUGGAAAUGGUGAGACAAAGGCCUCGCCUCCAAACCACAGCGGCACCAAUGGGGAACACCUCUCCUCGAUCGUCAGAGAGAUAUCCCGGGCUAGACUCCUCUCUCUUCGGUUGAAAAGGAGUGGACAGAGCAUGACCCUCUGUGACAAUGGCCUGUUGAUGGGGGCGUGGGUGGCCCGGGGGACCUCCCUUGAUCCCGGGGGGGUGACGAUGGGUCCUUUGCUGAGCUGCGGCAGGAGAGAUAGGCUGCGCUGGAUGUGA